GACGUUACUCAUCGCGGCUGAAAAGCGGCACGAAGCACCCCGUGUGUCGCAUUUUGGGUGUGCCGAGCCGUGCUGGCCUCAGGCCUUUCGCACCUUGGCUCCUACCCCGGGGGAGCCGCUGCGCCUUCGCACUUGUUGGGGCGGCGAGACCCGGGCGCCCCGGGGGGGUGUUAGCCGCUACCUAAAGCCUUGGCGGGGACAAAUCUGCAUGCUCCAGGAGCUGGUUGUCUUGGAGUGGAGUAGAGACCAGUAUCAUGUUAUGUUUGAUUCAUACAGAGACAACGUUGCUGGCAAAUCAUUUCAGAAUCGGCUUUGUUUACCCAUGCCGAUUGAUGUGGUGUACACCUGGGUGAACGGCACAGAUGUUGAACUGAUCAAAGAAUUGCAACAGGUCAGAGAACAGAUGGAGGAAGAACAGAAAAUAAUGAGGGAAAUCCUCGGAAAGAAUGCAACAGAACCAACAAAGAAGAGUGAGAAGCAACUGGAAUGUUUGCUGACACACUGCAUCAAAGUGCCAAUGCUUGUGCUGGACCCUGCGCUGCCUACCAACGUCACACUGAAAGACCUCCUGUCCAUUCAUCCCGCUCUACAAGCUGCUAACAAUAUGUUCUUUGUAGCAAAACCAAAAAAUCCUUCUACCAACGUGACAGUAAUUGUUUUUGAUAGCCCUAAGGAUGUUGAAGCUGCUCAUUCUGGAAUGUUAAAACACAGCAGCAAACAGAUAGUAUGGAGGGGUUACUUGACUACUGACAAAGAAGUUCCAGGCCUAGUAUUAAUGCAAGACUUGGCCUUCCUUAGUGGAUUUCCAGCUACAUUCAAAGAAACAAAUCAGCUGCGAACAAAACUACCGGAGAGCCUGGCCUCUAAAGUAAAACUGUUGCAGCUCUAUUCAGAAGCCAGCGUGGCUCUCUUGCAACUGAAUAACCCCAAAGGUUUCCAAGAACUGAGCAAGCAAGCAAAGAAGAACAUGACUAUAGAUGGGAAAGAACUGACGCUUAAUCCUGCUUAUUUACUUUGGGACCUCAGCUCUGUCAGUCAGUCUAAGCAGGAUGAAGAUAUUUCUGCCAGCCGUUUUGAAGAUAAUGAAGAGCUGAGAUACUCAUUACGAUCAAUAGAGAGGCAUGCCCCUUGGGUACGACAUAUUUUCAUUGUCACUAAUGGGCAGAUUCCUUCGUGGCUUAACCUGGAUAAUCCUCGGAUAACCAUAGUGACACAUCAGGAAAUAUUUCAGAAUGUGAGUCACUUGCCUACCUUCAGUUCACCAGCUAUUGAAAGUCACAUUCAUCGGAUCAGUGGCCUCUCUCAGAAGUUUAUCUAUCUCAAUGACGAUGUUAUGUUUGGAAAGGAUGUUUGGCCUGAUGAUUUUUACAGUCACUCUAAAGGUCAAAAGGUUUACUUGACUUGGCCUGUGCCAAACUGUGCUGAGGGAUGUCCUGGCUCGUGGAUUAAAGAUGGUUACUGUGAUAAAGCCUGUAAUAACUCAGCAUGUGACUGGGAUGGAGGUGAUUGCAUUG